AUGUCGUACUUGCUGCCCCAUCUCCACUCUGGAUGGGCGUUGGAUCAGGCUAUCCUCGCUGAAGAAGAACGCCUCGUCAUUAUCCGAUUUGGCCACGACUGGGACGAUACCUGCAUGCAGAUGGAUGAGGUGUUGGCUUCUGUUGCUGAAACAGUAAAGAAUUUUGCUGUUAUUUACUUGGUGGAUAUAACCGAGGUGCCAGAUUUCAAUACAAUGUACGAGCUGAACAAACACAUUAUGUUUGAUCUUGUCACUUGGAACAACAAUAAAAUUAACUGGGCUCUCAAGGAUAAACAGGAGUUCAUUGACAUAGUCGAGACUGUCUACCGCGGUGCCAGGAAGGGCCGAGGAUUAGUUAUUGCCCCGAAAGAUUACUCCACCAAGUAUAGAUACUAA